AUGUAUUCGCACAAGUUCAACGGUCCAGCAUGGCGUUAUGAAAUUGGAUAUUCCAUUUUCGGGAAAGAUAUUGUUUGGGUUAACGGUCCUUUCAAGGCUGGAGAGAGCGAAAUAACACUUUUUAGGGAAGCCGGGCUUUGUAACAGCCUAGAACCUUUGGAGUGCGUGGAAUGUGACUCUGGAUACAAAGGAGAUGUCAAACUCAAGAAUCCAUCAACAGGAGCCAACAGAAGCGAGCGAGAGCAAAAGAGUGCUGUGCGAGCAAGGCACAAAAUUGUUAAUGGCCGUUUAAAGCAGUUUGCGGUUCUUGACCAGGUCUUUCGUCAUUUGUCCAGAGAGCAGCAUGGAUUUUGCUUCAAGGCUGAUGUUGUCAUCACACAGCUAAAGUUUGAAUUUCAUGGGCGGCUCUACAAUGUAGUUUACCACAAUCACUAA